AUGGUCGAGAGUCCCUCCAACAUAGAGCUCAACGGCGUCAAACGUGUCGACUCUGAAGAUGCGGACGACAAACAAAUCCAAUGGGACAACAAGCUGCAGUAUUUGCUCACUUUGAUUGGCUUCGCAGUUGGAUUUGGAAACAUCUGGCGCUUCCCCUACCUUUGUCAAACCUAUGGAGGAGGGGCCUUCCUGAUCCCAUAUGUGAUCGCUUUGGUCUUUGAGGGUCUCCCCCUCCUCUAUCUGGAGUUGGCGAUCGGGCAGAGGCUCCGCAAGGGAAGCAUUGGAUCGUGGAAGCACGUCUCGCCCAUAUUGGGUGGAGUAGGCAUCAGUUGCAUGUUUGUGUCGUUCCUGAUUACCCUUUUCUACAACUCGGUCCUGGCUUGGGUGAUGUGGUACUUCUACAACUCCUUCAAAGAUCCUCUGCCUUGGAGCCAGUGUCCGGUUAAUGACACAUAUUUGACUCGAGAAUGUGAGAAAAGCACGCCGGUCAACUUCUUCUGGUAUCGUCAGACCCUCAACAUCACCACUGACAUUGAGACCAAUGGUUGUCUGCAGUCGCGGUUGGUGGCUUGCCUGGGUAUUGCCUGGUUGCUGGUCUAUAUCUGUUUCAUCAAAGGGAUCAAGUCCAUGGGAAAGGCAGUAUAUGUGACAACCACUUUGCCCUACCUGGUUCUCACCAUUUAUCUGGUCCGUGCCCUCACCUUGCCCGGAGCCAUAGAUGGACUGGUGUAUCUUUUCACCCCAGAUUGGGAGAUACUGAAGAACCCUCAGGUGUGGCUUGACGCCGCUACUCAAAUCUUCUUCUCUCUCUCAGUGGGCUUUGGAGGUCUCAUUGCAUUCUCCAGCUACAACAAUGAGAACAAUAACUGCGAGAAGGAUGCACUUUUGGUGGGAAUUACAAACAGUGCCACAUCCCUGUAUGCCUCCAUCGCCAUCUUUUCCAUUCUGGGCUUCAAAGCCAACAACGACUUGCAGAACUGUCAGAUUGAGUAUGUGAGGGUCUUCCAGGAGAUUUACAGUCUGACUUACAAGACUGACUUCACGUUUCUCAACGAGAGUAACGUAACCUAUAACCGGUUGAUCGAGUCUUUGAAGACGGGGAAUCCAGAAAUAAACUCCACGCUGUUACCGAGAGAGUGUAACCUAAGCACCUUCCUUGACCAGAGUGCAUCUGGAACUGGCCUGGCUUUUAUCACGUUCACCCAAGCAGUGCUGGAGAUGCCCUACCCUCAGGUAUGGGCGACCUUGUUUUUCCUGAUGCUCCUCAGCUUGGGCCUGUCCUCCAUGUUUGGCACUCUGGAGGGAGUCCUCAACCCCAUUCGUGAGCUCGACAUCAUGCCCAAAUGGAUCUGCGUUGAAGUGUGGACAGGGCUCAUCUGCUUGACUGCCUUUUUGAUUUCGCUCAUCUUCACCAUGGGUUCGGGGAACUACUGGGUUGAGGUGUUCAACACUUACGUGGGCUCCAUCCCACUCCUCAUUAUUGCGUUUUUCGAAGUGAUUGGAGUGUCGUAUGUCCGCGGAAUGAAAAGAUUCAGUCACGACAUCUUUUUAAUGACCGGGAAGAAUCCCUGUCUUUACUGGAGAAUCUGUUGGACUAUCAUCAGUCCGGUGAUGAUUAUCUCGGUAUUGAUUGCGUACGUGGCUCUGGAGGCACAGCAUGCUCCCACCUUUGGCACAUGGAAUCCUGAUUAUGAACUAUUUCCCCAAACUGAGGUCAAGCCUUACCCGGGCUGGUUGGUUGCCGUCAGCGUAUUGCUCAGUUCGGUCCCGUUGAGUCCCAUCCUCGUCGUGGCUUUGUACCACAGCAUCAAGAACACGUCCAGGCGUAAUGUCAACCCGUACAGGGUUUCCAUGGAGAAUUCCCUGCCGGAGCAGGAGCAGUCCAUGUAGCGUUUGUUAACAUAACGGCAUGUUUUUUUUCUGCAUUUAUACAAUAGAUUUGCUACAAUGGAAUUCAUUUAUGAUGUGAUUUUUUUUCAUCAUGUUAGUGAUACGAUCACUAUAUUUUAAUGUCGGUACUUUCGGCACACAUUGGAACUUAUGGAAAAAUAAAUGGCUUGGACUUUUUCAUGGAAAAAUACCAAGUGUAAGUCAAAGUCCACACCGUGCACAGAAUGUAGUAAAAUACCUGGCCGAUUCUCAACUCGCCAUCUUUAUUGAUUGUACGGCUGC